CUUGGCGCCGGCGGAUCCCGAUUGCGCGCUGGAGGCCGAGACCCGCGGACCUGACCCUAAGGCGAGGAUUUGAAUGCAAGUAAUUUAUUUGGGAAGUGAUUGCAGGAAAUACCAGCAAGGAAGACAAAAGUGAGCCCCAAAGAAUUGAAAACAGGAUGCUACCCAUCACAGACCACCUGCUGCACCUCCUGAGGCUGGAGAAGACGACAUUCCGCCUGUACGCAGUGUCUGCCCUCCUCCUCCUCCUGCUCUUCUUUGUGUUCCGCCUGCUGCUGCAGUUCCUGCGGCUCUGCUGGAGCUUCUCCGUCACCUGCCGCCGGUUGCGCUGCUUCCCCCAGCCACCCCGGCGCAACUGGCUGCUGGGCCACCUGGGCAUGUACCUUCCAAAUGAGACGGGCCUUCAAGAUGAGAAGAAGGUGCUGGACAACAUGCACCAUGUGGUUUUGGUGUGGAUGGGACCUAUCUUGCCACUGGUGGUUCUGGUGCACCCUGAUUACAUUAAGCCCCUGGUAGGCGCCUCAGCUGCCAUUGCCCCCAAGGAUGAGCUUUUCUAUGGCUUCCUGAAACCUUGGCUAGGGGAUGGGCUCCUGCUUAGCAAAGGUGACAAGUGGAGCCGGCACCGCCGCCUGCUGACGCCUGCAUUCCACUUCGACAUCCUGAAGCCGUACAUGAAGAUCUUCAACCAGUGCACCAACGUCAUGCACGCUAAAUGGCGGCGCCUGGCAGAGGGCUCGGUGAUCUCCCUUGACAUGUUCGAGCAUGUCAGCCUCAUGACCCUGGACAGUCUCCAGAAAUGUGUCUUCAGCUACAACAGCAACUGCCAAGAGAACAUGAGCGACUAUAUCUCCGCCAUCAUCGAGCUGAGUGCACUGGCUGUCAAGCGCCAGUACCGCCUGCACCAGUACCUGGACUUCAUCUACUACCGCACGGCGGAUGGGCGGCGUUUCAGGCAGGCCUGUGACACCGUGCACCGCUUCACCAAUGAAGUCAUCCAGGAGCGGCGGCGGGCGCUGCGUCAGCAGGGGGCCGAGGCCUGGCUCAAGGCGAAGCAGGGCAAGACCUUGGACUUCAUCGAUGUGCUGCUCCUGGCCAAGGAUGAAGAUGGAAAGGAACUGUCAGACGAGGACAUCCGAGCUGAGGCGGACACCUUCAUGUUCGAGGGUCAUGACACGACAUCCAGUGGGCUCUCCUGGGUGCUGUUCAAUUUGGCGAAGUAUCCGGAAUACCAGGAGAAGUGCCGGGAAGAGAUCCAGGAAGUCAUAAAAGGCCGGGAGCUGGAGGAGCUGGAGUGGGAUGACCUGACUCAGCUGCCCUUCACAACGAUGUGCAUCAAGGAAAGCCUGCGCCAGUUCCCACCCGUGACUCUUGUCUCCCGCCGCUGCACGGAGGACAUCAAGCUCCCAGAUGGGCGUGUCAUCCCCAAAGGAAUCAUCUGUUUGGUCAGCAUCUACGGAACCCACCACAACCCCACAGUGUGGCCUGACUCCAAGGUGUACAACCCCUACCGCUUUGACCCAGACAACCCACAGCAGCGCUCCCCACUGGCCUUUGUGCCCUUCUCUGCAGGACCCAGGAACUGCAUCGGACAGAGCUUCGCCAUGGCCGAGAUGCGCGUGGCGGUGGCGCUCACGCUGCUGCGCUUCCGCUUGAGCGUGGACCGAACGCGCAAGGUGCGGCGGAAGCCAGAGCUCAUCCUGCGCACGGAGAACGGCAUCUGGCUCAACGUGGAGCCGCUGCCUCCGCGGGCCUGAGCGAGGGGCGCCCCUGUGGAUCCCAGGGAUCCAGGCCCCGCCCAGAGAGGCCCAGGCCCCGCCCCCAACAUUCUGAGGGCAGAGACCGCUGCCUUCCAAGUCCAGCUUCUACUCCUGUAGGACCGGGCGCCGCUGUCGCUGUCGAGCGGCCGGAUGGUGCUGGCCAUGCCCCUCAAGGCGAGGCUCCGCCCCUGAGGGUCUGAUCCCGCCCCUUGAGGUUUAGGUCCCGCCCCCUGAGUGUGUGCACCUGUUCUGCUUGAGGGGCCCCGCCCCCAAGAUCCUGUGGCUUGUCCUCUGGCUUCACCCCUGCGGAGCCAGGUCCCCAGGCCAUGCCCAUCAAAUCUUCUGAGGACCUGAGACGUACCCCCUCCUGGCUGAACUCCCAGGCUGGCUUCUCAGUUGAGGACUUGGAGGCUGGAGGGUGAGAGCCCUGAACCUGUGACAUCACCCUCGCAAGGCCCUCAGCUCAUACGGGGCGAACUGCUCAGGCGGCAUCCCAGGACUGGGGCUGUUUGCUUCUGUUGUUGUUUUGUGAACCCAGACCCCUUCCUUCCUCCCUUGUGCAAAGGCCCUUUGCUGAGUGUUCUGAUUUUUGUAGAAUAAAAGCAAGGGAUGCAAGUACCCCACCCA